AUGCAGUCUAGAGUAUCCCCGGGUUCGGGGCGGCGGAAUCGACUCUCCACGCCGGAGGCUCCGCAGCGCACCAAUGCAGUUCCAAGCGGCGAUACUGUUAUCUCCACUUUUGCCAACGUUGAUCUGCGUGUUGCUAAGGCGGCAAUGAAUGAUUACGCCCGCAGCUGUGAGGUUAUGGCCCGAGAGAAUGAGCAGCUACGGUUGGAAUUGCAGAGGCAGGAAGAGGAGUCUAUCAAGGUGGUGGAGCACCUCAAGGAAAAGUUGGAAGAGGCACGGAAUACUGUGAUGGAGCAACAGAAUGAAAUAAACCGACUCCAACACGAGGGUAAUGAAGCUACGGAGGCUGUUCGGAGGCAAUAUACUCAGAUGUUGGGUGAGCGCGACGAACAGGUUGCUCAGUAUGCAGCACUAACGCAGCGAUUACAGACUGAGAUGCGGGCCUGUGCACGGAGCAUACACCUUCGCGAAGAGAGCCGCUUGGAGGUACAGCGGCUGCGUGACCAAAUAGAAGAAAUGACCGCUCGGCACGAAAGCGAACUUUCAGCUCUCCGGUUUCAGACAGUCGACCGAAAAAUGCGACUACUUGCACUUGAGGAGACGAUGCGUGAGUCCCAUCAGGCGCGUGUGGAACAUGAAUCUUCGCUGCUGUUGGAGAAGAAAUCUCAUGAACUUUUGAAGAACUACAGGGAACUGCAGGAGGAGCGCACCCGUCUCGUCAAGGAUAUUGACGAGUUGAUGCAGUUGACAACGAUGAAAGCUGCAGAGUUUGUGGACGAGCGGAGAAAAGGGGACUUGCAUCAGCACGCAUGUGAGGAGGCUCUUCGGCGCAUUGCUAAUAGCAACAAACGUUCAUGUGAAAUGCAAAUGAAGACACAGCGGUUGGAACAGCACGUGAAGGAGCUUUUGCAGGAGAAGAAAUCGCUUCGUGAAGAGCUUUCCCGCCAGUAUGAGGGGAAAAUUCAGGCGCUGGAAAAGGCACUUGCGGAGACACAGAGCUCGCUGCGAUGCCACCGAACCGAGCUGCAGCGGAUGAGGUAUGCUGCGUCAAAAAUUGUAGAACAGAGGUCUGACUUGGAAAAAUUUUUCUAUGUUGCGUUAAAUGAUGUGCGCAAGAUGCGUACAAAGUCUUCGAAAAAUAGGGGGAACACGCCACAUUCAACAAGCCACACGUCGCCAAGUAUGUCGCUGCAUUCUAACUCGACGCUGAAACAGUGCGCUAGUUUUAGCUCUAAACUUCCGCAACUGUCCCCACCUCAAAAGGCACAGCAAGCGGAGCCAAACCUAAGUUCACGGAACUCAGCGGUUUUGUCUGCAUCCACAGGAGAGACUAGAUUGCAGCCACAUAGUCCGUGCGUUCCUGCACCCCCACCUCCUGUUCAGGAGGUUUGCGCAUCCGCUACUUCAGCCGCUGGGAAGCAGGCCCGACAGGAAAGACCUGCGCCUCUGCGGCGUGCCCAUAGUAAUGGUAUCAAGCCAACGCAGGACGCACCCGUUAGAGGUACUGUAGAGAACGUGGAUAGCAGAUUACACAUAAACCUCGGCGAAGACGGUAAGGGGGUGUAUUUGAACGACCUGUCGUGGGAUGAUAAGGAAAAGAUAAUAAAAGCGUUGCUCUUCUUUAUCAAUCAGACAUGUUAUCAGCCUUUGUCUAAGACCGGUGGUGAAAACGUCGAUGAACCGGAGCCAGUCACAGCUAACUGA